GGUCAUCGGUAAAGUAGUGAGUAUGUACACAUCCACCAAUACAAUCUUGAUAUUCAAGAAUGGUAAUAUCCUUGAUUCAAAUGCCAUACAAUAUUUCAACAGUAAUAUGAUGACUAAAAAUUAUUCUGUGACCGUAGAAAUCAGUCAGCUAGAAUACCCUGAUACUAUCCCAUCCAACUUUCUCGAUCUUUGGAAUGAAGCAUUAUUGCCCUUCUUUGACGUGUUAAACACCGAUUUCACAAAAGGACUUAAAAUGUUAAAACGUUUCGAUGAACAUUCUACUUAUUCUUAUCUAAGAUUACCGAAUGAAAAGGCAGAAGUUUAUGAUGAAAUUAUAAGUGCUAUUGAAUUGCAAUUAGAAUUGCAACAAUUUCCAAAUACCUUUUUACCUUUAAUCAAAAAGGAAAAGAUGGACCUAAGAUACAACAGCGAAGUUUACAAAUUAGAAAAGACUAAUAAUGGUGAAAGAGUUAAGGUGUAUUGGAAAUCCAAGGGAAAGAAAGAAUUCGAG